CUCUUUCGCAUAUUUCUGAUGCUGCUUAUAAGACAUCAGCUGAUUGGAUCAGCCAACAAUCCCUUGAGGCAAUUGGUUUCUUUAUCUUAUGGUCUUUAGAUAUCAUUCUUAGGACUUGGUGGCCCAACAAGCAAGUGCUAAGGGCUCUAAAAAAGGUGUGCAACAGAUGUCAUCUAAGUCAAAGGUAGGAACAUUUGUGGCGUUAGCAGUGGUUUUACGGCUUAAAUCUGAUGCCCUAAUUAUUGUGUUACCAAAUCUAAGAGAAAAUUCAAAAUAUCAAGGUCAAGAUAAGCUCCCUGUUAUUGUAUGGAUGAUGCUUCAGGCAUCCCAAGGAGAUCUUGCCAUGGGGCUAUUCUUGUGGGCCCAUCACCUUUUGCCGAUCAUUAGUGGCAAAAACUGCAAUUCACAGUCCAUGGAUCUGAUUUUACUGCUAGUGGAAUGGAUCUUAUCUGCCUCAAAAGCUCGGACUAUUUUAGUAAAUGGUGCUGCUAGAAAAGGGGAAUGCUUGGUGACACCAUCUUCAUUUGAUAUACUAAUGCGAGUUACCUUCCCUGCAUCUUCAGCUAGAGUAAAGGCAACCAAGAGGUUUGAGGCCAUAUAUCCCAUUCUAAAUGAAGUGGCUCUCGUUGGUUCUCAUGGAAGCAAAGCAAUGAGACAAGCAUCUCAGCAGAUAUUCAACUUAGCUAUCGUGGCAGCCGGAGAAAGCUCUCCUGCUUUAUCGAAAGAAGGGGCUGAAAUAGUUAUUUGGUGUUUGAACCAGAAUGCUGAAUGCUACAGGCAGUGGGAUAAGGUUCAUAUUGACGAUCUAAAAGCUCGUGUUGCUGUUCUUAAAAGACUUUUAGAGGAAUGAAAAGAGCAAAUUGCAAAAUUUAUUACUCUUGAUCACAUGAGGGAAGCCAUCAAGAAUUUGACAAACAAGAAUGAAAAAGCAAUGAAUGGUGCUGCUGACCCUACUGAAUUGGCAUUGUUUCACGAUGCUUGUAAGUACUGUAAGCAUAUAUCUCGGAAGCUAUCUCGAGGCCAUGGGUGCAUCAAAACGUUGGCUAUUGGUAUUGUUGCUGCUGCUGUCGUAUCUCCCAACAACGACAUCCAGGAGUGGAACAAACUGUAU